AUGAACGAAGAUUCACAAUUCGAUUGCGGCUACAUAACCACCCAAGUCAUGGUCGGCUUCCUCCUCGCCUUCGUCGUCACUCUCCCGCUCAUGUUAAUCCACACCUCCAAGAUCCGCCACCUCUUCAGCCUCAAAGCCGUCGUCUUCCCCAUCGCCGCUCUCGGCGUCGUCUGCUGGGCCAUGAGCGCCAACGGCGGCGUAUCCGCGGGCGCCUUACAAGCAACAACUUCAAAACCUUCUUCAACUGCAGUCUUUGCCUGA